CCGGGGCGGAGCCGGCGCCGGUGGGAGGGCCAGGCCCGGAAGCUCCCACCCCGGGAUCCCCUCCCUGGUGGCGGCUGAGGAGAAGGAAGAUGAUCUCCAGAUACACCCGGAAGUCAGCGCCGCAGAGCCUGGAGCUACCAAAUAAAGGAGUCCUGUCAGAUUUUCAGAUAUAGAGGAAAGUAAUUACCAAAAAUGCUGUUGAUCAUCAUCCCCUUCCAGAGCAGCUGGAUGAAAUUUCCCCCACCAAUGACAGCCAUGAGAAAGACUCAAGUUACCAAAGUGAAUCUGACGUCACACAAGAAUCACCUUUUACAUCAACUGACACUGGCAAUUCAAGAUCUGCCUUUCCAAGUUAUGCGGGUACAGGGAUUUCUACUGAAGGCAGCUCAGACUUCUCCUGGGGAUAUGGAACUUGACCGAAAUGCCACUGAAAAAGUCCAGAUGAUGUUCACAAUCAUUGAUGAACUUUUAUAUGAACAAAAAUCGAGUGUACAUACAAAGAGUCUUCAAGAAGAGUGCCACCAGUGGACAUCCACCUUUCCUCACCUCAGGAUUUUGGGAAAGCAGAUAGUCACUUCUUGUGAAGGUUAUGGAUUAUAUCCUAGGUCUCCAUCUGUUACUUCAGCCUCACAUGAAACAACAUUGAACCAAGAAAGAGAGUCAACUAUGUUUGGUAUAAGAGGUAAGAAGUUACCGUUUUCUCCUUCUAAUGUCCAUAAAGAUGUUUCUGUCUCCAAAUGUCCAAGCUCAUGUUCUGUGGAAAGAGAAGAUGAAGAAGAGGGUGUAAUUGUCUCAGAAGGCAUAAUAGAAGAAUAUCUAGCAUUCGACACUACAGACAAGGAAGAUAGUUUACAUGGAAGAAAAUUAGGCCUGUCUUGUGAGAGAAAGAAAUUAGGCUAUCCUCCCAUUGCUCCAUUUCAUUGCAUGAAGGAGGAUGUGCUUUCCUAUAUGUUUGACAACGUGUGGAGCAAGAUGCUGGACUGCAUGGAAGAGUUGAUUCGAAGGCACUGGGAGGGAUCAGCUUCAGAUGAUGAGAGCAAUGCUUUGACUACACGAUCUGAUUCUGGAAGCCCUUGUAUGCCAUGUGAACCUCAGCCCUUGGUAUUACCUCGAGUGCCACAGUCGAAGGUGCUCUCCAUUACUUCAAAUCCAAUGAUUCUCUCUCAAACAGUCGGUGGUGGUCACCAGCCAAAUGUGAAUGGUUUGUUGGUUCACGGGAUGCCCUUACAGCCAAGAAAUCUCUCUCUAAUGGACAAACUCCUAGAUUUAGAUGACAAACUGCUCAUGAGACCUGGAUCCAGUACCAUCCUUUCUAAUCGAAACUGGCCUAAUCGCACAUUGGAGAUCAGUUCAUCAUCUCUGUCAUAUACGGUGCAAUCUGCCAGGAGGCGCAACCCACCACCACGUACCCUUCAUCCAAUUGGCACAAGCCAUUCACGCUCAGGGACACCAAGACCCAUGGAUGAAGUCAUCAGAGGAACCCGACUCCAAGCAGCAACUGAGUCCUUGUCUUCUACAUCACCGAUGCCCCUGAGUCGCAAUAACCUGCUUCCCCCAAUUGGCACAGCAGACUUGGAGCACUUGACCAGUGUGGGAUCACAGCGGCAGAUGAAAUCUCGCAGUGAUUCUAGCCGAGCUCGCAGUGCAGUGGUGGAUGAGCCCAACCAACAACCCCAGGAGAGGCUCCUUUUACCCGACUUCUUCUCCAGACCCAACACUACUCAGUCAUUUUUGCCAGAUACACAGUGUCGACGUUCUUAUACUGUUAUUGAUUAUCCUAAUCAGUCUCGGACUGGUAGGGGAUCUGCAGGUACAGGUCUUCAGUUACAUGGCUCUACAAGAGCUCAAAGUCGAGGUGGACCAGUCACUAGAAGCAGACAGGGACCAUAGGGGAAACCAAGCACCAAAGCAAACCAAACCCCCCAAACCUGUCAGGUUGUCAUGAGCCUGUCUUAAGAAUUUUGUGAAUCAGUGCUCAGUCAGCUCAGUGCUGCAGAACUUGUUUACAAGAAAAACUUGAAACCAUCUUUAUGAAGAGUUCUUAACCUACUGGGGAGAAAAACAGCACAGUGCCUGCCAAAGAUUAUGUGGACCAGCUGCCUUCCUUCAGAGCAAGUCAAGCCACUCCACUGGAUAAAAAGAGGCUCUUACCUAAGAUGCUACAAUGACUAAUUACCCUCCCCCCCCACCCCCAAAUCAUUGCUUAUGUUGUCUGUCAAACAGGAUCUGAGAGGUAACUACAGGUGUAAGAAAAGCAGCAGUUACUUUACUAUAGCAUUAAGCAAUCAUAUUCCCCAAAAUACUUCUGAUAAACUGAAAAUAUUUUGAUUUUCUUAAUUUCAAGUGAAAUCUAUAAUCUCAAGACUGAAUUGCCACUCAAAAGAAAAUCCUUCUUAAGAGUGCACCCCAAAAUCAGCCAGACUGAUCCCCAAGGACUUGGCCACAGAUUCUUACUGGGGAUAAAACUGACAGCUAAAGGCCAACUGGAAAACAUUGUGCAUCAGUACAGAGAAAUAUGGCUUAUUUUACUUGUAUUGGAAUAUACCUAUUUGCCAGAUCUUAUCUUUUUAAAGUAAUAUUGAUCAAGCUCUAUUUCAGGUGAAAUUGUACAGAUACUGGUAUUUCCUAUAUUCUUAUUUUCUGCCUUAUUGAUCAGAUUUCCCUGAUACUCGUGUUCCCAUUUUGCCAAAAUUUUCUCCUACAGCCCUAGGAGGGAAACAAAUAUAUUUCCUUUUUUGGAACUUUCCUACAUGGCUUCACCAACUGUGAGGGAUCUUCAGAUGUUGUCUCAAACAAAUUGCUUUGGUGACAGUAGAGGUAGCAGAAGUAGGUAAGCUCUGAAUCUCUUGAGAGUUUUUCUGAUGACAUUUUAAAAUUUAGAAUUAGCUACAACAGUAGAGCUUAUCUUUAAGACCUAUUCAGUUUACAUAACACUUGAUUUCAUCUGUAAUUAAAUCUGGUUAUAUAAUUAG